UGAAGAUUCUAUUCAUUGCGAGCACGGACAUGCAAAAUCGUACUCAUGCCCUCAGACUCUACUUUCAUUUCCGAAGCUGUUAUCAAGAGUUGUAUGCAAAUCAUCAUGGUAUCCCCAAUGGUGCAAGCCUUUGGUGUGGUAACCGUGGUUACAGUUGCCAUGAUCUACUCUGUGUACCUGGGAUUCUUUGACUCUGUCCACACUGAAGUUGGCAGACAAUUCUACGCUGAGCGCUACUCCAAAAAAUGGAAUAAAGCUUUCCCACCCUGGCUCAAUAUGCCAUACAAUACAUUUGUGAAUAUUGGUUACGUCAUCGUUGGAGCAUUUUAUUGUGCCAAGACGUCAGUUUCCCUCCAUAGAAAACACCUGAAAUUGUCGGACAGUUUCCUGUUUUAUGCUUUCAACAUAAUGUCCACUUUAUAUGGCGCCAUUCAAGCGGUGCGCAUCUUGACCCAGUUUCACCGCGCAGCCGUGAUGGACCAGUGGUAUACGCUACCAUUCUUCAUGUUUGUGUUCAUAUGGUCACGGCACUUAGACUCGGGGAUCGGAUUAAAGGGCGUGGCCAUUUAUAUAACAGCAUCAAUACUUUCCUAUCUUUUUACCCUUAUACACAUAUAUGGAUUUGAAAUCGCCUUGGCUCUACACGUUUUAAUAGCAGUAUAUGGUGCCAUUACGAUCUAUAGAAAAUUCCCCAUUAAGGAAGCCCAGGGGCCCUUUGUUUGGGCCCUCAUUUGUUGUGUGGGGUUCGUUGUUCUUAAAUUGUUGGAUUUGGAGUUACCAAAAAUGAACCAGGUUUUUGAGAAGUUAUCAGGACAUUUUUUAUCCAAAAUUGCCGACAUUUUCCAAAUAUACUUUGUGAAUAGGUAUUUUGAAAUAUUAUCUGUGUACAAGAAUACAUGUAGUAUGGAAAAUAAAAAGUUCAAAUGAU